AUGGGAACAAGUGGCCUUGAAAUAGUGAGAUUCCAUGGGCGUUACUAUAUUCGCUAUCACCAGUACGACGGCUACUUUGAGGGUCUCGGUGCCCAAAUUGUCGGCAGCAUUCCUGAAAAACCGGAUGAAUACCAAAGUUGGCUACGAUCAAUGCGAGACAAGCAUGCGGCCAAAGAAAGUGCCCUCGAAAAGGAUGUUUACGAGAUUCACCAAGGGUUGGAACCCAACUAUUCGCGAUUUCGCAGUUUCGUGACACUUCCUACUGAGUUCCCGCGGCUGCCUGACUGGGCCGAGUACAUUUACACCAUCAAUCUCGACCAUGAAGUUUUUACCAUGAACUUUUGCAUACACUGGAAACUGUCGAAUAUCCCGCGUCAGGACAAUCUCUGGCUUCGCGCCAUCAAAAAAAGCAUAUACCGGCACAGGCAAACGAUCUCCUCCGAACUGUGUCCGGAAGAGCACAUCAGCUCGUUGGCCUUGGAGUUGUCAGAGCCGAAUUGGAAAGUCCAACACGACUUUCGCGUCGUAGCCCCGAAGACGAACAUCACGGAGGCGCGGAACGCGUUCCUUACACAGAUCCUGGCUAGAACCCUUAUUGAAUAUCAACGCGAUAUCAUCCGAUUUGGGAGGGAGUGGAGCCCGGGAUCAUUUCCUUUUCGCGAACUGGCUUUUGCUCUUGUGUCGAUUGCCUCUGGCCAGGUCGAAUACCAUUCUUUCCCUCCUCGGGAGUGUAAUCCUCGAAGUUGCCCGGGGUGGAUCUGCAAUAUAGAACACGUGGGCAGGUUACCGGGAUGGCUUGAUGAAAAGUGGGCGGGCAGUAAAGCUCCGUUGCUGGAGUUUGGCUCUAUGUCACAUCGACCGGGCGAGCCACCAGGGGCAUCGCCCACAGACACGAUGUACUGGCUCGGAAACGUGGUUGUCAGCCUUACACUGGUGGUUGACGGCGAGGCUAUCAACAAGGCGGCUAACUGGGGUAUCGAGCAGGGGCGCGCCAACUUUCAGAUCGUCGUGCUAUCGCUCUUCGAAGCGGCCUUUGCGGAAGUCACGUUCGGCGACACCGUGGAACCGUUUGUUAGAAUCACCUACCCCGUUGAUCUCUCACCUAUGCGUGCAGAGUAUUGUUUAAGCACCCAUCCGCGCAACCGACCCGAGCUGAAACCUGGGAUGAAACCCCAGUAUCGGCCUGAUCAAGUCAUUAUGAAUUCGAACUGCACUGGGACAACCCGAAGACUACGGAGCCAUUUCCCCGGACUGGCGGCUCUAGUCAACUUUUUUGAAGUCGCCACGAAUCGUCGCACAGUGCGGACGUCGACAGGUAUUCUGCCGCCGGAACUGUACGACCGGAUUCUGGACUUUGUGGACUACGAUACUUGGAAGACCUGCCUGCUCGUGUCGACGGUGAUCCGUGCCUGCGGUCUCCGCAAGUAUAGACUUGACGAUCGGAUGAGCAUCGUGGGGGGGCCUUUUGUGAGACUGGGAGAGUAUAGAGAGGAGCGCCUGAUGUCCUUCAAUUUCGAAAACAUACAAACGGGAAAGGUCAUUCCGAUGGUGGAGGAUCAUCAUGCCAGAGAGGUCAAAGAGUGUAACUGGAUGCCCAUCAUUGGCAGUAACAGCAACAGAAAAGCGAUAAUGUUGGAUUUAUUCACCCAGUUUGAGCCGGCAGAGGACUUGCCAGUGGGGGCUGACAGCGAGGACGAUUGUGCAUGA